UGCCGGGCCAAGCAAAUCUUUUGUCCCUGGCGGCGCUGAGCCAGCAGGCGCCACAGAGUAUAUACUGGGUCCCGCUGCGGCCAGCGACACACCAUGGCGCAGUGCUCGGGGAAGAUCACUCUCUAUGAGGGCAAGCACUUCACAGGGCAGAAGCUGGAAGUCUUUGGGAACUGUGACAACUUCCAGGACCGAGGUUUUAUGAACCGAGUGAACUCCAUACGUGUGGAGAGUGGUGCCUGGGUCUGCUUUGAUCACCCUGACUUCCGAGGCCAGCAGUUCAUCCUGGAGCAUGGUGACUACCCUGAAUUCUUCCGCUGGAAUGGCCACAAUGACCACAUGGGCUCCUGUCGGCCUGUGGGCAUGCACGGAGAACAUUUCCGAAUAGACAUCUUCGAGGGCUGCAACUUCACAGGCCAGUGCCUGGAGUUCGUGGAAGACUGCCCCUUCCUGCAGAGCCGGGGCUGGGCCAAGAGCUGUGUCAACGCCAUCAAGGUGUAUGGGGAUGGAGCGUGGGUCCUCUACGAGGAGCCCAACUACCGCGGCCGCAUGUACGUGGUGGAGAGGGGCGACUUCCGCAGCUUCUCCGACUGGGAAGCCCACAGCGCGCGAGUGCAGUCGCUCCGCAGGGUGCUCAACUUCUUCUAGUCCCUCCUGGGGACGUGCGGCCCACGGAGGCAAUAAAGAUCCUGAAAGCGGA